UAAUGUAUUCAUGUAUUUUUAUCUUUUCCUAUGUAAUAAAAUAGAUGAAUAAAAUCUCUGAUGCCACCUUGCUUUCCUAAUGAUAAAUGAACACUGAAAUUUCUGAGCUUCAGGACUAAUGUUUUUAGGGCUAAUUUUCAGCCAUCUUAUGAUCAAUUGCAUUGAUUUUUUGGCGGUGGGGGACAGGAACAAAAUUUUGUUUCAGAAUCCACAUCUGUAUUUCUUAGUCUCUAUUUAAAGAUAUGAUUUAUAUCACUUAAACCAACCUGGGCUGGUGCUAUGUAGGUUGGGAGGGAAGUUUGCACCUUGAAAGUAGCUGACUUUUCAUAUCUUAGUAGAAGGAUGUAAAACAAAGUUAGCAUUUCUGAUUUUAUAACCUACCAUCCUUACAGGGAACUGUGAAAAAUACAAAAAGAGAAACAAAAUGUCUUAACCCAGUAUCAGGACCUAAUAGUAGACUCUAAGAUAUAUUGUUGGCUCCAGGAUGGCUGACUGGUAGUUUCGGGUUUGGACAGAGGAGCCAAAGGCCAGAUUUCCACUUUCAGCAGUUUUAUUUCAGCUGUUAGCCCGAAGAAAGAAGCCGCUGAAAACAGAAGUUCACCUGCACAUCUCAUUUUCCCUAACAUCAAGAAUGUGAGAGACCAACCACCAAUUAGCCUUGAUGUUAGACAAAAACAGCGUAUCUCUAUGGAUGCAUCAUCAUCCGAAGUGAAGGCCCCAGUCCUUCCAGAAUGUAUUCUUCCUAUCCAGCCCAAAACUCUGAAAGACUUUCAGGAAGGUGUAGAAAAAGUUAAGUCAUCGGGAGAUUGGAAAGCAGUACAUGAUUUUUAUCUAACAACAUUUGAUUCUUUCCCAGAAUUAAAUGCUGCAUUUAAGAAAGAUGUCACUGCCUCAUUUAAUACCAUUGAAGACUCUGGGAUUAAUGCUAAAUUUGUGAAUGCUGUAUAUGAUACCUUAAUUAAUACUCCUCAAGACAUUCAGAAGACAGUAUUAAAGGGAAUCAUUAACAGCCUGUUACGGGAAUGGAAAGGUCCACGAACAAAAGAUGAUCUUAGAGCAUAUUUUAUACUUUUACAGAAUCCUCAGUUUAAUAACACAUCUACGUAUGUCAUCUAUGCUCACUUGCUACGACAGAUAGCUACCUUAGUGGAAGCUGACCAUCAUUUCCUAGUUCACUGGUUUAAAAAAUUGUCCCAGAAGAGGUUCAAACAACUGGUAGAGAGAUUGCUACAAUUUAUUUCUUUACGCCUGUUUCCUGCAAAGCCUGAAGAAUUUCCACCUAUAACAAAGUGUUCCUGGUGGAUUCCAUCAGCUGCUAAAGUGUUGGCUUUACUUAAUACUGCAAACAAUUUAGUUCUCCCUCCCCUUAUUCCUUAUACUGAUUUCUAUAAUUCUACAUUGGAUCACAUUGAUCUCAUGGAAGAAUAUCAUACUUGGCAAAACUUUGGAAACUCUCACAGGUUUUCCUUCUGUCAGUACCCAUUCGUUAUUUCUAUAGCUGCAAAAAAAAUCAUUAUUCAAAGAGACUCAGAGCAACAGAUGAUAAACAUCGCAAGGCAAAGUCUGGUGGAUAAAGUAUCUCGAAGACAGAGACCUGAUAUGAAUAUGUUAUUUCUAAAUAUGAAAGUAAGACGGACACAUCUGGUUAGCGAUUCACUUGAUGAGCUAACCCGGAAAAGAGCAGACUUGAAAAAGAAGUUGAAAGUUACAUUUGUAGGGGAAGCUGGUUUGGAUAUGGGUGGUUUGACUAAAGAAUGGUUCCUUCUUCUAAUUCGCCAAAUUUUUCAUCCAGAUUAUGGCAUGUUUACAUAUCACAAGGAUUCACAUUGCCAUUGGUUUAGCAGCUUUAAAUGUGACAACUAUUCUGAAUUCCGAUUGGUUGGAAUUCUUAUGGGACUAGCUGUUUAUAACAGCAUCACCUUGGAUAUUCGUUUUCCUCCCUGCUGUUACAAGAAAUUAUUGAGUCCCCCCAUCAUUCCUAGUGAUCAAAAUAUACCAGUAGGCAUCUGCAGUGUUACCGUUGACGACUUAUGUCAAAUUAUGCCUGAGUUGGCCCAUGGAUUAAGUGAACUCUUAUCACACGAAGGCAAUGUUGAAGAAGAUUUCUAUUCAACAUUUCAGGUUUUCCAAGAAGAAUUUGGAAUAAUCAAGUCCUAUAAUUUAAAGCCAGGUGGUGAUAAAAUUUCAGUUACCAAUCAAAAUAGGAAAGAAUAUGUACAGCUUUAUACUGACUUCCUUCUGAACAAAUCCAUCUAUAAGCAGUUUGCUGCAUUUUAUUAUGGAUUUCAUAGUGUGUGUGCUUCAAAUGCCCUAAUGCUGCUUCGUCCUGAAGAGGUUGAAAUUUUGGUCUGUGGAAGUCCUGACCUGGAUAUGUAUGCUCUGCAGAAAAGUACUCAGUAUGAUGGCUAUGCAAAAACGGACUUAACUAUAAAAUACUUUUGGGAUGUCGUGCUUGGAUUUCCUCUUGAUCUUCAAAAGAAGUUGUUACAUUUUACUACAGGGAGUGACAGAGUACCUGUAGGAGGGAUGGCUGAUUUGAACUUUAAAAUCUCAAAGAAUGAAACUUCUACUAACUGGUUACCUGUGGCCCAUACCUGCUUCAAUCAACUUUGCCUUCCCCCCUACAAGAGCAAAAAAGACCUGAAACAGAAAUUGAUCAUUGGAAUUUCAAAUUCAGAAGGUUUUGGACUUGAGUAACCUAGAAGACUUGAAAUACAAUCUUUUAUAUGUAGCAUUCACUUCCCUCUUACUGUGCCUUUAGCCUUUUCAUGUUUCUGUCUCAACACUUUCACAAAGCUCACCAACUUUAAAUUAUUGAGUUUUUAAAAAAUCAAAUAUGAAGUAUGUUCAACAAAGGCAUAAUUUUGUAAAAACACAGAAAUUGCUUGAGUAAGGAAAAGUUCACAUGGCAGAGACAGGUAUGGUCCAGUUCCUCUUUUUUUAUAGCACUUUAUCAUUCUCUAUACAUAGUUUGUCACAGGCAUUCCACUGGGAAAGCAAAGUGCAGUGAAGAAUGAAUUUAUGGUAUCGUUGUACCCAGUGGCAGAUUGUACACUGCUAGCACACAGUAGCAAAACAAACAGCUACAUUAUCUUUAACAUAAGGCAUGUAGCCAUAUUUUCAUAUAGCGGUAAACAACACAGUAUCAUUGCAAAUACAGUUUACAGGGUUUUUUGAUAUACUGGCUUGGGACCUAUAAGAUUCUUUUCAGCUAUUGCUGAAAAGCAUGUAAAUAAUUACAUAAUAGCCUGAGAAUAAUGGGAUUUUGAUAGUGCCAUUUAUUGCUAAAGAUUUAUUUUUACAAAGUAAAUUCAGGGUUUUAGAUGUGUACACAGCUUUUACAUAUGUAUAAAGAUGAUUGUACAAGAGUAUUUUCAGACUAAUUGGAUUCAAGGUUAUAUUCUUGUAAGUGCUGUUUGUCUGCAUGCACACUGGCAGUAAACUAGUCACUUGUGUACUCUGUAAUAUUUGUAUAAUGAUCAUUUCUUCUUAAGGGUCAAGAUAUAAGAAAAGAAAUCAGAUCUAAAUAAUCAUUGAUGAAUUAUGUCAGUUACAAGCACAAAAAAAAUAACUGCUUUUAUAAAUAUUUUGAAUGAUGUACAAGACUUAUGUCUACAUUUUUUGCUCACCAGUUAUACCGAAACACUAAUUUUUGAAAAAGGUAGGUUAAAGCAUUUGACAAAAGUGAAUACAAUAAUAACAUUUGUGUCAAAAUGAUAUAACUUGGUAUAAAAAUAAAAUUCAAAGUUUUGGCCAAAAUGUUUGUUUUUCACUGGAUUCUGAAUAUAAUAAAUUCAAAGUACCCUUUUUUUUACCAUUUCUAAUAAAGUAGUAUGUAAAAAUAAACUUCAUUUUAAGUCAGACAGUACAUUUUUUUAAUUUACAGCAAAUGAAGCAGUUUUAUUAGCAUGUUAGAAAUAUUAGCAAACCAAGACUUCGCUACUAUACUUUGACAGCUUUCCUUCAGAAAACUCUGAAGUUAUAUUUGCAAUAAUAAUGAAACCAGCAUUUAGUACCAGCAUAUGGUUCAUGUGCAAAUAAUACUUUCCCCAAAAUCUUUCUGGGCUAGGCUAUUUUGUUGCUAUGCUUCCUGCACCCAACCAGCAGAAUUCUUCCAGGGUGAAGGAACUAAUCAGCUUGUUCUCCAACAGUUCGGAAGCCAACCCACCAAUCUUUGAGGAAAAGGAGUCACUUUGUUUACUAUUCUCUUGGAGAUGGAAGUGAUUCUGCUUUUCCACUUGGGUAUAUUAUUUCAAGAGUAUUUCUUCUUAAAAAUUUUGGAAAGACUAAGCGAGUAAAGGCAUCCUGGUUUUGUUUCAUUUUGUUCUGUUUGAAAUCUGUAUGCAAAUAAAACUGCUUCUCUCUUACACUGCUUGAAUUAGAAAAUCAGCUUUUUAAUGUAGGUUACCUCUUAUAAGCACAAGAGAAUCAUGUAUAAGAAACCAGAUUUAAGUGUUUUAAAUAAAAUAUAAACAGUUUUUAUUUGGUAGAGAUGACUCAUGGAAAAAUUGUGUUGGCUUGGUCUGCAUGUUUAAUGAUGUGCUUGUGUAUCCAUUGCUGUGUCACUUUUAAAUAAGAAGUCCACACAAGCAAGCCAAAUUUUUUAAUGACAAAGUCUAUAAAUAGAGAAUUUUUGUUAUCUGUUGUUAAGUUGAAAUUUAUAAUCAUUUAUCACAAAAUUGCACAUUGCCUUUAUUUAUGCUCUGUUUUUGGUUUACAGUGUAAUAAUACCUCAUUUAAAAAGUAAAAACCACUACUGUUACAUUUUGUUAAUUUAAAAAGCUAGAAAAUUCAUGUAGUUACUUUUUUACAUAUGUAAUCUGUUGAUGAAUUCCUGAUUUUUGUAUCUGCCAUAGUAAAUUAAAGCAUUACACAGUAUUUAUCAGUAUUUUUUAAAUGUCCUCUCCUUUUUUAAAAUCUUUGCUUAGUCAUAUUUUUGUCUGUAUGAUUAGAAGUUUUUAAGUCCUUUUUUGUACAAGUCUGUAUUAAAUUAAUUUCUAGAUGAAAUUUUUCAAAUAUUAAAAUUAUAUAGUCA